UUCAUAGCUUUGAGUGUAUUACACAUGUACAAGUAACGUUGAGAAUAUAUUCAAUUAUAUGGCAAUAUAAACGCAGUAAAAAUUAAAAAAAAAAACACUUUUCAUCAUCGACAUUACACGAAUAAUGUCUUUUGUAAUUAACAAGAACUUCCAAAAAUUAUUGACAAGUCUAUCAGCGUCGUUAUGGCUGUGGUUGCUAAUACUGGUGCUUUUCCCGGCGGCUUUAAAAAGCUAUAAAUUUUUAGGUGUUUUACAUUUCGCCUCUAAAUCUCAUUAUAUAGUAGGCUCGUCGUUAAUGAAAGCUCUAGCUGGUAAAGGUCAUGAAGUAACAGUUGUAACAUCGUUCACUGAGCAAAAACCAAUAAAAAAUUAUAGCGAAAUUCAUUUAAAGAACGUUUUGAAAAUAAUGGAUGAAAAAACCGACGAGUUGCUUGAAACAAAUAGAAAGUCCUUAUUAACCAAUAUUGUUAGUUUUCACCAAAUGGGCUUAAAGCUGACUGAUAUAGUGCUUAACGAUCCGAAUGUUCAAUUAUUGAUGACUUCUAAUCAAACAUUCGAUGCAGUAAUAUGCGAAGUAUUCUUGGGUGAAGCUCUAUACGGCUUAAGCGAACAUUUUAAAGCGCCAUUAAUUGGUUUGGGAACAUUCGGCGCCAUAUCCUGGAAUACCGAUAUGGUUGGAUCACCGUCACCGCCAUCUUACGUACCUUAUCCUCUGCUGCCAUUAACUGAUCACAUGUCUUUUUGGGAACGUUUGGGAAAUUUGGCUGUUAUCACUUUCGAACGUUUAUUUUUGGAUUUGUAUUAUCUGCCUCGUCAAAGUGAAUUGUAUAGAAAGUAUUUUCCGCACUUGGAGAAGUCAAUGCUGGAUAUACGCCGUAAUGCAGCUUUAGUGUUACUAAACACACAUUAUUCGUUAACAUUUACUCGUCCAUACGUACCAAACCAAAUCGAAGUGGGCGGAAUGCACAUCAAACCUUCGAGUCCACCUUAUCCAAAAGAUUUGGUAGACUUUAUUGGCAAUGCCUCAGAAGGCGUCAUCUAUUUCUCUAUGGGUUCGAAUAUCAAAAGUAAAAAAAUCCCGUUGGCUAAAAGGGAAGAAAUUUUGAGUGCUUUCCGUCAACUUAAACAAAAGGUGCUGUGGAAAUUUGAAGAUCCCUAUAUACCUAAUAAGCCGGACAAUGUUCUCAUACGUGACUGGUUUCCUCAAGAUUUUAUAUUAGCUCAACCACAAGUCAAAGCUUUCGUAACACAUGGCGGCCUUUUAAGUAUUCAAGAGACUGUCUCCCAUGGCAAACCAAUUGUGGCUUUACCCAUAUUUGGGGAUCAAUUUCUGAAUGCAGCUAUUUCUGAACGUGAGGGUUUCGGCAUUGUGUUAGACUAUAAAAACUUGACUGCGAUUCAAUUAAAAACAGCCAUUGAACGUGUGGUCAAUGAUAAGCAAUAUAAGGAAAAAGCUGGCAUUAUGUCUGUUCGUUUCAAAGACAGACCUGAGCAUCCGAUGGAAAAAGCUUUAUUUUGGGUGGAGUUCGUAGCGAAACACAAGGGAGCGCGAUUUUUACACUGUGCUGGAAUGAAUUUGAAUUUUAUUGAAUAUCAUAAUUUAGAUGCCAUAUUUGUACUGUAUAUUGUUUCCCCGCUUUUUGUUUUUCUUCAACUUUGGAUUAUUUAUAAAUUAAUUGUGUUUGGCCUUAAUUAUUGUUUGACAGGUAAAAUAUCAAAAAAACUAAAAAAAGAUAAAUUUAAGAAACGUUGAAGUCAUUAAGUAAUUGUUUG